AAGGGCUCGACUGCUGAAUAACUUGUCAAAAGUUGGAUCCCCAAGAUAAAAAUCCAUCCUUUAAUCAACCUCUUCCAAUUUCAAAAAGGCUUCCUCUUGAAAGAUUCGGCUAUCAUGACAGGUAUAUUAAUAUGCAAGUAACACGUUUGGGCGAAAAAGGAGUUGGAACAAGUAUCAUACGGGUGUCCAUACUUUUCCAAGUGGCUUCUAACCAAAGGAAGACCGAAAGAGAGCCCACAUAUUCUUUUUUUGAACCUCGAUUGUCAAUAGUGCGCCUAGCGUAGUUAUCAGUCUUCAAACCGCGCGUGUUCUCUUCAGAUCCAAUUGGUGGUGUUCCAACAGGGCAAUCUCAACAAAGUUCCAACAUGGACGGGUUUUUAGGCAAUAUGAUUAAGUACUUGCUCUUCAUUACCAAUCUCCUGGUGUUUGUAAUGGCCGUGAUCGUAUGUGAUUUUGGGAUUUACGCACUCGUGGAUGGAAAAGCCGUGUCAGAUCUGGUGGAAUCUGCGGACUCCUCGCUCUCCGUGAAUAUUUAUACGACAGCAGCCAUUGUUUUGAUUGUUGUGAGUGCCUUGGUGAUUUUGGUGACCUUUCUGGGAUGUUGUGGCGCCAUCAAGGAGAGCCGAUGUAUGUUGGGCAUCUACUUCACGUUGAUCUUGACGAUGUUCAUUGUGCUGAUUGUUGGAGCCGUAAUUGGGUAUUCACAAUCGUUGGAUGAACUGAAGAAGCCUCUGAUCUCCUCGACUAAGAAAUUUGACGAGAAAUCCGACGACACAAAGAUCCAAACUCUAACCAAAGCCUGGAAUCGUGUGCAAACAGACUUCAAAUGUUGUGGAGUGGAUAAGUUCACGGAUUGGGAUGGAAACGCCUAUUUAGACAAUGAGGGCGUGGAGGUACCUGCGUCUUGUUGUGCACGAGAGGGAAUUUCAGACCAGAAUGAUUGUCAAAGGAACCCGUCCAAGGCGGACUACAAACUCGAGGGUUGCUACCAGAAGUUGAAAGAUUCGAUCAAAUCGCAUUCAAACAAGGUCAUGAUCGUGGCAAUCAUCAUAAUCAUUGUCAUGUUCUUGAACAUGAUCUUCGCCUUCAUAAUGUGCACCAUGGCCUCUUAAAUCCCAUCCAGUCUCAACUCGUUCAACUCUUCAAUGCCCCCAAAUAUCAAUGUGUGAAUGUGCGUUACUGUCCAUAUUCUUUUUCGCAAUAAAUCCACACGAUUACGAAAUA